AUGGCUUUGACAAACGAAUUACAAAAACACGCUUGCACAGUUUGUGCUCGUCGCAAGGUCAAAUGUGAUCGACUAGAGCCUUGUUCCAAUUGCCAAAAAGCACAGACAAAAUGUUCCUACGAAGCACCACCACCACCUAAACCGCGCAAAAGGGCUGCCGACGAAGAAUUAUUGGCCAGAUUAGCUCAGUAUGAGGAGUUGAUGAGAAAUAAUGGCAUAGACUAUACACAGCAUGCUAAUGUCUGGGUAUCUCCGGGUUCGGGAACAAAGCCUGAAAGGGACACUUCGACGGAUGUUGAUUCUCCUGCCCCAACAGAACUUUGUCUUUGGUCGACGUUAUGUCCAGAACUUAAGUACCCUCCCAUAUUGACUUUACGCCACAAAGACGACCCCUUCCUUCAUCCAUCACCACCUUUCAACUCAAUACUAAGCAUAUCAAAAAACACAUGCGAGUUUCAUCCAGAGGCAAAGCAUAUCUAUUUUCUCUGGCAAACAUUUGUUGAGACGGUCAACCCACUCAUUAAGAUCGUCCAUGUCCCAAGUUUACAAAAGCGCAUCCUUGAAGCCAGCUGGGAUACCUCGCGCAUCGACAAGUCACUUUCGGCGCUUAUGUUUUCUAUCUACACGCUCUCUGUCACGUCCUUAACGUCAGAACAAUGCUUAUCAUCACUGGGGCAAGAUAAAGGUGCUUUACUCAUGCACUAUCGAACUGCAACUCUACUAGCACUGGUUGAGGCUGAUUACAUGGAAACAAAAACGUUAGAGGUGCUCCAAGCAAUGACACUCUUCAUAUUCUCAAACCCAGAGUCUGAGAUAGCGAGUACCAUGACUGCGACUUCCAUAAGAAUCGGACAGAUAAUGGGCCUUCACAAAACCGACCUGGACACAAAACUGUCAUUCUUUGAGAAAGAAAUGCGAAUAAGGCUUUGGUGGCAACUAAAAGGUCUUGAUUCUAGAGUCCGCGCUGUUUCAACACCUGGAAUCAAAGUAUCCAAAAGUGACUUUGGCGACUUGCGACUUCCUUACAGCAUGAACGACGCCGAUUUGCAUCCGGACAUGUUGGAGCCUUCCACGAAAUACAAUGGUACAACGGAGAUGACCUGCGUCCUGAUGAAGUUCGAGGUCACAAGCUGGAUCAAGUCAUCAACCCGGGCGGCAAAGAUUUUCGAAAGUAUGGCUCCUGGGUUUUCAAAGGCAAAGACUACUAUCAAGAUGGAAUACGAGGCUAUUAAUGAGCUUGAGGCUAUAUACACGGAGAAAUACCUGUCGAAACUGGAUAGAUGUGUUCCAUUCCACGAUUUGACCCACACAAUGGCGAACCUGGCCCUUGCGCGUAUGAGGUUCAUGCUGCAUCAUCCACGAAGCCGAUCGGUAUCUGGAGAGGAUGUGUACAUAACACGACAAGAAAGCGACCUUCUCUUCAACGCAGCACUUUCAUUCAUUCAAUACGUCGACAUGGGUUUUAAGAGCAAAUUUUCAUCUCAGAUGUUUACACAUUUGACUUCUACCUAUCACAUCGACGCAUAUAUCUACGUCGUCAGCGAGCUACGUAAGCGGGAUUCGGGCCCCAGGAUUGAUCUGGCAUGGAAGCUAGUGGAUGGUCUGUACGCUGACCACCACGAGCUCAUUGACAACACCGAAAGUCCCUUGUUCGUCGCUCUGGGUAACCUGGUUUUGGAAGCCUGGGAAACACGACGAAAGGUGUUGACUGAAGCGGAUGUUAUACCGUCUUGCAUCGAGAUGCUCUGGGCCAAGCGACGGGUUGCAAAUGCAACUGCUGAGGUAACAGCUGAUGGUGUCAAUGGCCUCGAAGGAUGGGAGUUCAAUGUGGACGACUUUGACUGGACUUACUGGAACAACUUUAUGCGGUUCUAG